CCUAGUUGGCUCGUUUGUCUCCGAACCAACCUCUCUCUGUUCUUCCCCCAAAUCCUACUCUGCUUCUCCGCCGUCAAAUCCUUCUCUUCCCCAGCAGCGCCGCUCAUCUCCUCCGCUUCUCGCCGGAGCCAAGCCACCGCUGCUCCCCGACACUCAACAAUGAGCAACAACAUAGCCAUGGAAGAAGAGGACGGUUUCGGCGCCAAGAAGCUCUUCAAUCAGGGCUUCUCAUACACCUACGACGACGUCAUCUUCCUCCCUCACUACAUCGACUUCCCCACCGACGCCGUCUCCCUCUCCACCAAGCUCUCCCGCAACAUCCCGCUCUCCAUCCCUUGCGUCUCCUCUCCCAUGGACACGGUCACCGAGUCCCACAUGGCGGCCGCCAUGGCCGCCCUCGGGGGAAUCGGCAUCGUCCACUACAACACAACUCCCUCUGCCCAGGCCGCAUUCAUCCGGUCAGUCAAAUCCCGUCGCGUCCCGAUUCAAUCAAGUCCAAUCAUCUUCUCCCCUGACUCCCGAAUCGUCAACGAAUUCGACGAUCCCGCCGUCCCCUGCGUCCUCGUCACCGAAUCCGGCAAGCCCAAUUCGAAGCUCGUGGGCUACGUCGCCCGGUCCGAUUGGUCCGGCGAGAAGCAGGGAGCAAAGCUUUCCGAUUACAUGAGACCCGCCGACGAAUCGCUCGUCGUGCCGUCCAAUUACGACCUGGACAAGCUGGAUUCCCACCUGAAGCAGCAGGAGCGGGAGCGGGAUUUCGCGGUGCUGGCGGAGGAAGGAGGAGUGGUGGAUGUGGUUACCAAGGAGGAUGUGGAGAAGGUGAAGGGAUACCCGAAGCUGGGGAAGGGGACGGUGAGCUCCGACGGAUCGUGGAUGGUUGGAGCGGCGAUUGGUACUAGAGACUCCGACAAGGAACGGCUGGAGCUUUUGGUUAAGGCAGGGGUUGAUGUUGUGGUCCUCGAUAGCUCUCAGGGGAACUCCAUUUACCAGAUUGAGAUGAUCAAGUACGUGAAGCGGACUUAUCCGCAGCUUGAUGUGAUUGGCGGGAACGUGGUGACGAUGAGUCAAGCUCAGAACUUGAUUGCUGCGGGUGUCGAUGGAUUGAGAGUUGGAAUGGGGUCUGGUUCGAUUUGUACUACCCAGGAGGUUUGCGCGGUUGGGCGUGGCCAGGCAACGGCUGUUUACAAAGUUGCUUCUGUAGCUUCGCAGAGCGGUGUCCCUGUAAUUGCAGAUGGUGGGAUUCAAUAUUCUGGGCAGAUUGUGAAGGCACUGGUCCUGGGAGCAUCUACAGUGAUGAUGGGGGGAUUUUUAGCUGGAAGUACUGAAGCUCCUGGCCAGUAUGGCAUGCAUCAGGAUGGGACUAGGGUGAAGAAGUAUAGAGGGAUGGGUUCACUGGAGGCGAUGAGCAAAGGGAGCGAUCAGAGGUACUUGGGGGACAAGUCGAAGCUGAAGAUUGCACAGGGAGUCGUCGGAGCAAUGCCGGAUAAAGGCUCUGUAUUGGAAUUCAUACCUUACACCAUGCAAGCAGUAAAGCAAGGGUUUCAGGAUCUGGGUGCCUCUUCUCUGCCCUCGGCGCAUGAAUUGCUGAGGUCCCAAACUCUGAGGCUCGAGGUCCGGACUGGAGCAGCGAUAAAUGAAGGCGGAGUUCACAGCCUGCAUUCUUUCGUGAAGAAAAGCUUUUGAAUUUUCAAGCGCUGCAGCUUUGGCGAAUAUGCUGGUGACGGAAGGAUGGGUUAGAGGGGAGAUCAUCAACAUCUUUGAACUGAUGAAGAAUUGAAUUUGGCGCCAAUUCCAUAGGGAUGCUUUUGGAAGAGUUGUAGUUACGAGUGUUUUUCUUUGGACCUAGAUGGAUUGCUUCUCGCUUGCUUGUAUUGGAUCUUAGAAGGGUUUGGGGUUUGCCUUUGUCAAAUUGUGGUGGGAGCACUCUUCUAGAUUUAGAGGAGAGGAUCUAUCGAGUCCUUUUGCUCGAGUUCAUGAGCAUGGUCGUGGUUAAGGACGUCAACUUCCUACUCUGUCCUCAGAGCAACUUAUCAGAACGAGAAUCGAUAGUGUAGAAGACUUGGUCAAUUUAACGUUUACUUAGCUGCUUUACAAGUUGAACUAGAGUAUCGUUUCCAAGCCUUUCAGUUUCUGCUUUUUUUUUCAGAAAUGUAUGUGUUGCAGGAUGGAUACUCUGAAUAAAAUUCUACCAUCUCUGUUUCUGGAAAUGAUACAUGUUUUCCUAGUCGUCACAGAACAAAGAAAAUAGAUUAGAUUACACCGAACAAGGUGGCCUUUAACGUCUCUCUCAAACAACAUGAAAUGGAUACAUCAAAGCAUAUUCGGGUUCGCCCCAUCAGGUUCGUUCUUCGAAAGGUUUCGCCUCUCUUCCACUCAACGUCCUCCAGGACUUCUGUUCCAUGAUAGAUAAGAGGAGUCUCCAAGGCGCCUGAAAUUAUCCAAAACACAAAAUUUCUGGUCACUGUUAGUGAAGAGACAAAUGACACUAGGGAAUGCACUAACUACCUACAUAAAACAAGCCAUAUAUAUGCAAAUCAAACCAGGGAAUGCACUAACUACCUACACAACACCGAGUGACAAUUGGUAGAAGAUCAAAAAAGCAGAAACCAAGUUAGUGGGAAAACAUCAGCAAAGCAAUAAAUUAAAACUAACUCACAUCCCAGCUCGAAAGAUUAUAUCUUCAUCCAGCAAAGCAGCCAACAUGUUCUGAGCCAAAGCCUCACCACAUCGGCCAACAUCCAUCCCCAAGGCAGAAGUCUUUAUGUUAUACAUUACCAACGAAUCGGGCAAAAACCUUCGUCAUUUAACAUUAUCAUGGUGGUAGCAAGGCUUUGUCCACCUUGUGGCAUAAGAUCCAUAGCAAGAAUUACAAAAUGAUCCUUCCACUCUCCAAACCUGGCAAAUGGUAGUAGCCCACAGCACAAUGGCAAGACCAGCAGCAAGAUGGUGUAGAAAACUACUCGUCGAAACCAGUACGGCCAUAGUAUUAUUCUCCGACAAGGUCGUGACCCUCCUGUGGAGACGUCGAGUGACCCACAGAGUACACGAUACACGGUGGAUGUGAACAUGUUGGCGAGGAAGUGGAGAGAGCAUAUAGUUUCCCAAAAAAAGAGCCAAUGGAGGCCGUCCCCUCCUAGUGUGUCAACGCAGAGUUUUCCAGCAAAGCCGCACAUGACUCCGAGCAGAAGUAGGAUGAAGGUUAUUGGCAUUGUCGACCGUUGUGAGGUGGUGGACCGUUGGAGGAGGAGGUAAGCAACUGAAAGGAUCAUUAGCAGGCCGAACAACAUUCGGCUCACCACUUGGACUUGGCACUUGAGAGUGUGGAGGUUGGCGUUGAAGGAAGAGAAUGAUUUUGGGGCCCACCAUGACUUGGUUUCCUGCAAAGGAGUGGUACAAGAUUCAGUAGCUUCUGCAAUCCUUCUAUAGGAAUAAACAUAUGCCCCAUAUGAGAGGGAUCCUGACAUGAAAAACAAACCAGCAACAAGGCAGUCUGUGCAAUUGCGAAGCAGCUCAGCAUGCCUUGUGUCUUCCAGUUGGGUUUUGAACUUUUCUGCUCUGAAAGAAGCCUUCUCAACGCCCAUUGCUAGUUUAGACCUCUCGAGUCGAUUGGAAUCCAAGCCAAGAGCUAUAUGUUCCUCUUUCAACUUUAGUCUCCUCAUCGAGAGACCAAUCUCCAAUGCCUUUAGGUCAUUGAAACGAGAUUGCUCCAUGACAGACCUCUCUAUGGUGCUCAGCUCCAUCCUUGAACUAAAUGAGCCAGGAGUACAAGUCAGUUGGUUGUCAUGACCACACAGGGUGAGUUCCCCGGUCAAGGAAAUUGUUGGCAGCUGGCCUUCUUUUUCUUCAGCUGAAUGCAAUUGAUUGUGUACUGAACUGACUGGCGAGUGCGACUCAUCAGGACUGAGAUUAUUGCUAUUCAGGUGGCUCAAAUUAUGAUCAGCUUUAUGGAAAGAUGAUUCAUUGAUCACUCGAAGAGUCCUCAAUGUGCUCCGAAAUGACCGAUGGAAGUUGUUAGCGAAUAAUUCAAAUUCAUUGCCGAAAACCUGUCAUAACAUAGGCAGUUAGAUCAAGCAUACUUGUCUGUAUCCCUUUUCUAGAAGUCUUCUAUCCCACCA